AGUGAUUUAGUAUGGCCACUAUUUUCGCGCUCAGUUCGGGUGCACUACCAUCUGCCAUCGCAGUUUUUCGAAUGUCAGGGAGUCGAGCUCUGCCGGUUCUACGAGACAUAACUCGCAAAAAAAGAUGGAUACCUCGUCAGAUGAGAUACACGAAAAUUUUCACCAAGAAUGAUGAGUUGUUGGAUACGGCCAUGGCUGUGUAUAUGCCAGGACCUUCAACAUUCACUGGUGAAGAUACUGCUGAACUCUACGUUCAUGGCAGUCGAGCCGUAGCAGAUGCUCUAUCAGAACGUUUGGCCGGGUUUGAAGGGGUGCGACAAGCCACUAGAGGAGAGUUUACGAAAAGGGCAUUCUUUAAUGGAAAAAUGGACUUUCACGAGAUUCAUGGUCUGAAAAAUCUUAUUUACGCCGAAACACAACGGCAAAGGCAAAUGUCAUAUGGUCAGAUGAGGGGAGGAGCCGAAGCUCGGCGGAUACGUGAUUUACUACAAGAUGCUGUAAUGAGAGCGUUUGUGCUAAUGGAUUUUGGGGAACAUGUGUCUGUAAGCAUAGAAGAGAUACAGGAACACAUUAAGCCAAUCCUUGAAGAGGUCAUUCGUCUCGAAAGUCGAGCAAAAGGAGCUGAAAUUGUGCAUAGAGGUCUACGAGUGGUCAUACUAGGUCGACCAAAUACGGGAAAGAGCAGCCUGAUGAAUGCUUUAGCUCAAAGAGAUGUGGCUAUUGUAUCGGAGCGAGCUGGAACCACUCGAGAUAGCAUAGAGGUCCGUUUGAACAUUGCGGGUGUACCGGUAUCGCUCACAGACACUGCUGGCAUCCGUGAGACGUCAGAUUCUAUAGAAAAGGAAGGAGUUGAAAGAGCAAAACGAAAAAUCCUCGAAGCGGACGUUGUCAUAGUUGUUAUUGAUGCCAAAGAUACCGAAGAGGAAACAAAGUCUAUACUGAAAGAGCUAAAGAAUUUAACAGAUACUCCUGUGCCGUUGAUAAUAGUUAGAAACAAGGCUGAUCUUGCAAAGUGUACGAGUUUUUCGGAGACGAAACUGAAUUUACAAUUAGACAUAGUAGAUUCCGUAAGCACCUGCGCUCUUAGCACAGAAGGUGUCCGUCCCCUCAUGGAGUCACUGGAACAUCUUGUGGAGAAUUUGUGUCCAGAUGAUAGUGGACCUUGCUUGACUGACACUCAGUUACUGAGCGAAGCUCGCGAGGAACUGGAAAAUGCUGCAUCCAUCCAUGACGCUGCUCUGUUAUGUGAUCACCUAGAACGAGCUUUAGAUAUUUUUGGACAGAUGGCUGGUUCGACGGUUAGCGAGGAAAUCUUAGACAAAUUGUUUAGUCAGUUUUGUGUAGGAAAGUAAAUUUUAGUGGUGAAAACUUUCUUUAGGAAUAUUUGUACAGAAUUUCAUAACUUUGUAGAGUAGAGGAUGAUUGUUGAACAUUAUAAACUGAUGAUAUUUGAUAAAUAUUGGAAUGCUUUGUCACAUAUUAAUACUGCUUUAUAUCCAGUUGAGGCAUAUAUCUGAAUUUACAUAAUGACAACAUUUUGAGAAAGACAGUGGUUAUCCUUAUAGGAGAAAUUAUUUCUUCGCACUACUGUAUACAGGAAUAAAGUUAAUUG